AUCAGGUUUGCGCCCGCGCGUCUCUGGUUCGUUCGGGCCUCCCGCUGCGGCCUCCCCACCUAUCUCUCUCCCCUCCGCCCGCCGCCCCCGCGAGGGCGAAACCCUAGCUAGGGUUCUACCCGCCGCCACCGCCGCUGCCGUCGACCAGUACUGCGCGCUCUUACCCCGAGCUCGCCAUGGACGCCGCCGGCCGCAAGCGGGCCGCGCCGGAGGGCGCCAACGGCGCGGGCGGCCCCAAGCGCGCGAGAGAAGGCGAGACAACUCAAAUGGGUGUAGGAAGCAAAUCCAAGCCGUGCACCAAAUUUUUCAGCACUGCUGGCUGCCCCUUUGGUGCAAGUUGCCACUUUCUCCAUAACUUCCCUGGUGGUUACCAGGCUGUUGCAAAGAUGACCAACUUGGGUGGACCGCCUGUUCCGGCUCCUCCAGCGAGAAUGCCUAUGGGACAUGGUGCUCCUGAUGGUCCACCUUCACCUGCUGUGAAGACUCGCAUGUGUAACAAGUACAACACUGCAGAAGGAUGUAAAUGGGGGAGCAAAUGCCACUUUGCUCAUGGAGAGAGGGAGCUUGGAAAGCCCAUGCAGAUGGACAACUCAAUGGGAGCUCCUCCAAUGGGACCAGGGCCCAACGGUCACUUUAUGGCCCCGCCAAUGCCUGUCCCAGACAUGGUUCCUCCAUCAACAUUUGGUGCUUCAGCCACAGCCAAGAUCAGUGUUGAUGCAUCACUUGCUGGUGGUAUCAUUGGGAAGGGUGGUACCAACACAAAGCAUAUAUCCCGUGUGACUGGCGCCAAGCUAGCCAUCCGGGACAAUGAGGCUGAUCCCAACCUUAAAAACAUUGAGCUUGAGGGAACAUUCGACCAGAUCAAGCAUGCUAGCGCAAUGGUCACGGAUUUGAUUGUCCGCAUCAGUGGUAAGGCCCCUCCACAAGCCAAGAACAACCCAGGCAGGGGUCCUCACGCCGGGGGGGCUGGAAGCAACUUCAAGACCAAACUGUGCGAGAAUUUCAAUAAAGGCUCCUGCACGUUUGGUGAUAGGUGCCACUUUGCUCAUGGCGAAAGUGAGCUUCGCAAACCUGCUGCUGCCUGAUAGAUGUGCUUGUUGUUGCCAAUGGUGGUUAUUUUGCCUAUAGAUGGCUGAAUAACGCCAGAACUGAGGACAGUUGCCCAUUUUGUAAUGUGCUGCGCAAGCCUGAUUCUGAAUGAGAGAUUCUUACUGUGGCUUGUAUUGAUCGUGCCUGCUGUAACUGUGCAAUAGAGUUUCGGAAUGACCAUCCUCUAGGAUUGUAGGAUUACUGUAUUUGCUCUCUUUACCCCUGUCGCUCAUCCUAUUUUUGUACCUUUUGUUAGGCACUUUUUGCUGGCAUAUUAUUGUGAUUCUGUUGAGUUGAAGUUUCUUCUUUGAUAAUACCAGUAUGUGAAAAUUUA